GACGUCGUCCCUGCGAUGGAACGCCGGCACCAAAGAGCGGAUGCUGAUCAAGGUGACCGACCGCGAGCCCAGCUUCCUCAUGCACCAAGGCAACGGCUACACGCCCGAAAACCAACCGGGCACCCGUUCGCGACGACCCUCAGGGGGCCAACAGUCGCCCAACCUCCAGACCUUCGCCCCCGACGCCGACAACUCCGUUUUCUUCCCGGAGAGGAAGCAGUCGCCCUUCCUGAAGAGGGCCGAGCAUGUGGGCAGCUGCUCGCCGCUGCUCGCCCAGCACCGCAAGCACUCCAGCGAGUCGCAACCCUCUUCGCCCCGCUACGCUUACGAGCCCCCCCUCUACGAGGAACCCCCCAUGGAGUACCAGGCUCCCAUCUACGACGAACCCCCCGUGGACAUGCAGUACGAAGCCAGCGGGAGCUACAAAGCCGGCUCGCCGCAGAAAUCGCCCAUCCGUAAACCUCACCCCUUCCUGCAGUCGCCCAAACAAGGCUCCAACUCGCCCUACCAGCAGUUGGUGCUCACCAAACAAAAGUGUCCCGACCGGUUCAUGAGCCUGGAGUACAGCCCCGCCGGCAAGGAGUACGUCAGGCAACUGGUCUACGUCGAGCAGUCGGGUUCCAGCCCCAAGAUGAAGACGGGGUUGAGGCACAAAUAUUCCCCCAACCCCAUCGGCGGCUCCUACUCGCUGCAGCACAGCCCUUGCCUGGUCCGGGACCAACGCUUGGAGAUCAAAUCGGGUGACUACAGCAGCAUGGAGGGACCUGACUUCUGCCCUGGCCCAGCGGGUGGUCAGGUGGCCCAGGGCGAGGACUCCAUGUCAUGGUCCAGCCAACAGGACACCUUGUCCUCUACCGGCUACUCGCCCUCCACCAGAAAGAGGAAAAGCCGAAAGCCUUCCCUAUCGCACGACCCCAACGCCUCCUCCACGGACGGCUCAGGGGACCGGGAGGUGUUGGGUGAGCUGGGUGAGGAACGAGCCACCCCGGGAUCCAACCGGUCACCGAUGAACCGUACGGAGAGCAAGGCGGCGGAGGCGGAGGCGGCGCGGGGCUUCCCCGAGCCCUUCCUUGCGCAGGCGCGCCUGGCGUGGGAAGCCCAGCAAGCCCACUACCAUAUGAAGCAACGGAGCAGCUGGGAUUCCCAAAAGGACGGUUCGGGCUACGAGAGCGACGGUGCUCUCCCUUUACCCAUGCCGGGUCCGGUGGUGCGAGCCUUCAGCGAGGACGAGGCCUUGGCGCAGCAGGAGAACAAGCACUGGAAGAGGAACACCUUUGAGAAGCUGGGCUUCCCCCAGAUCCUUGCCGACCAGUGCCACAAGCUGCUAUGGCUGCUGGCGCCCGGCCGGCUCCACUUGCCUAUGAUGGGAUUGAGGAGCAGCUUCCUUAAAGGGGACGUAGCUCUUGGCUCGGAAGAUCUCGGUGCCUGCGCCCAGUUCGAGAGCAGCAGGCAGACCAGGAACAUGAUGCCUAGCGCCAGCUGUGUCUUCCCCACCUUCAACCUGCGGAAGCCCUCCUCGGAGACGGACAUUGAGAACUGGGCCUCCAAGCACUUCAACAAGCACACCCAAGGGCUCUUCCGCAGGAAGGUGUCCAUCGCCAACAUGCUGGCCUGGAGCAGCGAGUCCAUUAAGAAACCCAUGAUCAUGACCAACGACCGCAACGUCAAGAAAGAGGCGUGCGAGAUAUUUAAACUGAUUCAGAUGUACAUGGGGGACCGGCGGGCCAAGACGGACCAGCUCAACGUGGCCUUGGAGAUCGCCACCAAAGGCUGGAGCAUGCAGGGUCUGAGAGACGAGCUCUACAUCCAGCUGUGCCGGCAGACCACCGAGAACUUCCGUUACGAGAGCCUGGCCCGGGGCUGGGAGCUCAUGGCCAUUUGUUUGGCCUUUUUCCCACCUACCCCCAAAUUUCAUUCCUACCUAGAAGGAUAUAUUUACAGGCACAUGGAUCCGGUGAACGACACUAAAG